UGUUGUCGCUAAGGGCGCUGUGAAAAUGUCUGACUGAAAAUUAUUUUCGUCUUUCUUUUUGUGUUAUAAAGGUUGUCGUUUAAUUAUUAGGAGAUGGCUCAAGUAGCUCAACCACCAGCUCCAGAAACAGAGUCUAAUAAUACGUACAUUAUAAGGCCGAAUUUUCAGCACAAAUUUCGACCUGUGAUAGUCAAAGAAUGCAUCCAUGGUGUUCUCAAUGAACAACUGGCAGGCAAAAGUUAUGAUGCUGAAGAAGUAACAAGUCUCACCAAAUUAAUAUCAGAUGACAUAAGGAAUAAAAUCAAAGACAUGGGCUAUGACAGAUACAAGUUUAUUGUACAGGUGGUGAUAGGUGAACAGAGAGGAGAGGGAGUCAAAAUGGGUUGUAGGUGUCUAUGGGACUCGGACACUGAUAAUUACGCACAGGACAUAUUUAUGAAUGAUUCACUGUUCUGUGUAGCAGCAGUGUUUGGAGUAUUUUAUUAUUGAAGGGCCACAGUUUCCAUCAUUGUGAAAGACAAUGUGUAUUUCCCACUUUGUAACUAUGUUAACACUCAUGGAUGCCGUCCACGAAUAAGAUGCAUGUACUUAUCCAAGUUAUUAGGAAUUUUAUAACGCAAUAGCCGUUUCAUUUUACAUCUGUUCAAAGGAUUCCAUUUAGAGUUGCUGGGCAUGAAACUGGUCAUAUUUUUUGAAAGACAUGUUUACUUCUUUAUGCACUAAAUUACAGAUAUUUAUGUUGCCAAGUUAUGUAAAGUCAACUUUUUUUCUUAUUAACAUUUAUUUUUAUGAACAGAAAAGAGAAUUCCACAAGGGCAGAAAAAAAACAAGUUAUAUGUUUGCAAAAUAAAAAAGGUUCAUCUAGAAUAAUUUGUACAAAUAUGUAAUUUUUUUUUAAAUUAAAUACUUAUUAUUCAGAGUAUUUCUGGUUGUUGAUGCAAUGUAUUUAAAUGUUUUGUUUUGAAUUUAAGGGUGGGAGUUUGGAAAGUUGCCUUUGUUUAGAUAAUUUUUAUUCAGCGAUUUUUUAAUGUUAUAUUUAGUUUUAAUUGAUCAUAUUCUAGUAUGAGGCAAAGUUGAUGAAAAACCAAAAAACUCUGAGCAAUAGCAAAGUUGUAUUCAAACCUUAAUUCUAGGAAAAAAAUAAUAAGUACAGUACUGAAUGUAAUAAUAAUAAAUCUGAUCAUUUUAUCACAGCAAACACGGAGAACAAUACUACAAAUUUAACAAAACACAGGCACUCAAACUCAAAAUUUAAUAAUACACUAUUAUAAAUACAUGCUGCGGACUUCUAUCAAGCGCUCAGCAUGUGUCUAAAUUUUAAGUUUCCACUCUCAUUAAGCAACAGCUUCAGUACUUAAUGAUGUAGCUAUGUCCAUAUUGCAACAACACGAGACCAUGUUAUAAUAUCUUGACCUAUGCUACUACGUCUCUUGUUAUUGUGAAAAGGCUCUACCUUAUGGAGUAUCACUGUCUCAUGUUAUGACAAGUCACAUUGGGAUCCGAAACAGAUUCCAAGAUAAAACUACACUACUUAUGUUCAAACACCCUACUACAUGUAUAUGGCCAAAUUUGUUGAAAAUUCGCCUUAUAUUAUGGAUGGUUAAGCAAAUAUCCCCCCUUUCCCUUCAGGUCAUCAAUGGUAGGACUUAUAAAAAUUAUUUCUGUAGGAUGCUACCCUAACCUGUGAUAUGGCCCUUAUUUAUAUGCAUAAGCCAUACUCGACGAACAAUCAAAGACAUGCCCAUGUCAUCAGAGCUAACGAAACCUGCAUUGUGGCCCUUUUUAUUGAGAACUGGCCCUACACUAUGGAUAAUGAAAAUAAUGGCUAUUCGCAGCAGGGCCUCAAUCUAAGCCUAGUCUUUUCUAUCCUAUGGCCCCUAUAAAUGAGAAAGGGCCCAACAAUGAAUAUCCAAGACUACCACAAGACAUAUGGCCUUCACAUGACCUUUAUUACUGAGAAUAGGCCCUGUCCUCUGGAUAAAGAAAUGCCCAGGUCAAAAAUCAAGCCAUGGCCAUGCACCAGUCUUAUCAAGGACCCAAAUUAUUAAUCUUAACUACAGCCCAUAUGACUGAAAGACAGGCCCUUCACUAUGGAUAAUAAAAGAGAUACUGAAGUAAAGAUGUUAUAAUUCAUAUUUAUCCAAAAUUGGACCUCAAUGGUGAGCCUAGCAUUACCCACACUUGGCACUAAGUAUGAGCCCCAAAUCUAGGAAAAAGACAGAAAUGCCCUUGUCAUAUUCAGUGGUGAAUAUCAAUAAAAUUGCCAAGAUUAUGCAUAUUUAUCUUAAACUACAAAUAAUCACCUCAUUGUACCCAUGUCCCUCACCCUGACUACUCCCACUUAAAUUAAACUGAAUUGUAGAAGUUAAAUACGCCUCCAAGCUGACUUUUAUCAACUUGAUGAAAAAUAAAUUUUCUAAAGCCAUAAAAUUCACUCAUUGGCAAGUCCUCUUUUUUUCCUUUUCACCAGUCAGAUUUUUAAAAAUCUUUUUUGGAGAGAAAAAAUUAGGUAAAUCAAUAUAACAGUUGUUUUUUCGCCAGCAACCAGCAAUAUGAUAUAAACCAGAAACUUCAACAGGGAAUAAUUUUACUCAUUCUUCGCAUGGAUCUACAGUUUUGUUUUGUUUCAACUACACAAAGCCAACACCCACAAACAUCAUAAAUUAUGCAAAAAAAGACUAACAUGACUUUAAUUACUUGAUAAAUGUACAUACAAAAUUGCAAAAGAUAUGUUAACAAGAAAAAUUUCUCCUUACGUAAACAGUGGUAGGAAAACUAUGUUAAAUGCCCGAAACAAAUAUGACAUAAUUGGUAUGUAAGAUACACAAAGUAUCUCAAAAAGAAAACACACUCAAGGUCCAGGCUCAUUUCUGUAAAAAAAAAAA